AUGGAAAAAAUAGAGCUACCAAUUCACAAACAUCCUUUGUUACCUAUAACUCGUUUUUUCUCUCGUCACGGUUGUAACGGGUGUGGCUCUGAUGGUUACAUUUACGGAGGCUACCAUUGCAAUGAGUUAGGCUGUGAGACUCCUGCGUUUCAUAGAGAGUGUGCUGAGUCUUUACAGGAAAUAAAGCACUUCUCUCACCCCGAUCAUCCUCUUAAUCUGCGCCUAAAUGACAAAGCAUCUACAUGUAAUCGAUGUGGAAUUCAUCUGCUUCGAAAAACCUAUAUCUAUGUAUGUUCAAUCUGUGACUUCAAGUUGGAUUUACAUUGUGCGAAGGAUGCUGCUCCACUUCCUAUUCUUGAAAACUACAAUCUCCACGAGCAUCCACUUAAGCUCUUCGAUGUAUCGAAAUCUCUCAAGCGAGUGAGACUGAGAGAGUGCAAGACGUGUGACUCUCCAUUUCUCAUUGAGAAACUAUGUUAUAUAUGUUAUCAAUGUAAAAUACUCUUCCAUGCGAGCUGUGCCGAGUUUUUCCCAGAAGCAAACCACACUUCCCACCCUCAACACCCACUCAAGCUCCUUAAAUUUGCGGAAGCACCUGAUUACGCCGACAAGAAGUGUCUUCUUUGCGACGAGAAGUUUGAUCAAGAUCAAGGUCUUCACCAUUGUGAUGUUUGUAAUUUCAGCAUAUGUAGAGCAUGUAUGAAAAACCCACCACCGGUUGGUGUUGAAAGCCCGACGACCCACGAACAUCAGCUUCAUCUUGUUCCAAGACGCAUCCAUUUCACUUGCAAUGCUUGUGGGACGCUAGGUGAACAAAGCCCUUAUUUUUGUCUUCAAUGUAAUUUCAUGAUCCAUCGGCAGUGUAUCGAUUUACCACGUGUCAUAAACAUCAACCGCCACGAUCAUCGCAUCUCUUACACAAGACGCAUUAGACAUGGAAAGGGGAUAUGCAAAGUUUGUCGUAAAAUGGUAGAUGGAUUCUAUGGGGGUUAUAUAUGCGUCAAAUGUCUUAGUUUUGCUAUUCAUGCACGAUGCGCAACGAGAGAAGAUGUAUGGGAGAUGGUGGAGCUAGAAGGGACGCCUGAAGAAGAUGAAAUUGGGCCAUUCGAGGUGAUUGAUGAUAACACAAUAAAACAUUUUAGCCAUGAUCAUAACUUACGAAUCAAUAAUGACGGUGAUGGCCAAAUUCUACAUGAAAACAUAGUUUGUGAAGCAUGUGCCCUCCAGAUUUUAUCAGAACCGUUCUACAGUUGUAAGCAAUGUAAUUUUAAACUCCACCAAAAAUGUGCUAACCAUCCAAGGAAGAAACAUCAUGUGUACCGCAACCUUCCAUUCACACUACUUACAUCUGGCAACGAGAUUUUCCAAUGUUGGCUUUGUUUACAAGAAUUCAACGGUUUCAUGUAUCAAUCUGGCCAUUAUGUUAUAGAUGUACGAUGUGCUGCAAUUUCAGAUACACUUGAGUACAAAAGCCAUCAACAUUCGUUAUAUUACUAUUCUACUACAUAUACGCAUUGUAGUAGAUGUGGGAAGAAGGAUUCCGUCUUUAGAUGUGACGAGUGUGACUAUGGUUUGGGAGGCAAAUGUGCUAUAUUACCGGGAAAGGUAAUGAAUAAUAGGUACGAUGAUCAUCCUCUCUUCUUGUCUUUCGAUGAGAUGAAUGUGGAUGGUGAAUACUGGUGUGAGGCAUGUGAAACAAAAGUGAAUUCAAAGGAAUGGUUCUAUACAUGCAAUGACUGUGGGACUACAUUACAUAUUUCUUGCGUUGUUGGAGACUUCUCAUAUAUCAAGCAUGGUUCUCAUCUCAUGAACACAAAAGUGGUAUCCAACACCUCUAUUUGUAGACCAUUUUGCUUUGUGUGUAACUCUAGAUGCAAGCUCCCUUCCAUUCUUAAGCUUUCCAAGGGCGGAGUUAAUGUAUACAUUUGUUCUUUCAAAUGUCGUCUUGAAACUUAUUAA